AUGGCAUUGCCACAAUUGGUUUUCGGUCAGCAAGUUUGGGCAGCAGGAAUUUCGAACAAAGUACUUGUGUCUGACGAACAACGACGUCGUUUUGUGUAUGAUCUUCGUCUUGUUUGCCUUUGUAAAAAGAGUCUAAAGAGUAAAAGAGAAAGAAGAGAGAGAGAGAGAGAGAGAAUGGAAGUGAGGGAAUUCAUAAGAAACGAAGUGGAGGAUUGGGAAGAUGAAGUUGUGGGUCGGGCCCGGUUCAAGGCCUUUAGCGGUCAAAGAUCCGAUUGGGAACCCACUUACCGUUUCUGGAACCACCUCCUUCUCUCCAUCGCUCGCCAUUUCCACCUUCUCAUCAUUUCACCUUCACAGGUGAAGAACAAUUGGUUCAAUCGCAAUGGAUUGACCCCUUUGUGCUUGGACCAGGUUUUGUUAGAAAUGUACAAUGAAGGUGAAAUUGUACGGUGUAGUGAUCUUAUGGACCCAAGGAGUGGCCGAAUGUCACUUCUCUUGAGAAAAUUUAGCAACUUGAUGCUUAGGCCAACACCUUCUUUACAAACACUAUUACAAGAUCGCCUCAUACUCACCCCUCUACUUAAGGAUAAAGCUGUGGAAGUUGUGAAACUUUUAUCUGAAAGUCACUGGACUAGUUCGUGUAUUGUCACGAUGAAGAAGUUCCAUGACAUUUGUGGAGGACCGGAAGAAGCUUCUGCGGUCUUGAGUCAUCUGUCAGAAACUGGGAAAGCACGGUACCUCUCGAUACAUAAGAUGGAUUUUGUUGAGGGCGUAAAAGUUUCUCUGUCAUCAGCACCAGUUUCUAAUAUCUCAAGUUUAGAUUGUGAUGUUCUGCAUUUAGUUUGGACAACAGAAAGGCUUCAGCAACAGCUUGAUGUGAUUGACCGCCGUUGUGAAAUGUCAAGAAAAACAGCAUUAGCUUUUUUGCAUUCUGGGAACAAGAAAUUGGCACUUCGGCAUGCUAGGGAGUUAAAACUAGCCAAUGAGAGCAGAGAAAAGUGUGCAUCUUUUUUGAACAGAGUGGAGGAAGUCCUUAGCAUUAUUGCAAAUGCUGAAUCCACAAAAAAGGUCUCAGAAGCCAUCCAGAUUGGAGCCAAAGCAAUGAAGGAAAAUAAGAUCAGUGUGGAGGAAGUUGAAUUCUGUUUACAAGAGCUUGAGGAGAGCAUUGAAUCACAAAAGCAAGUUGAUAAAGCUCUAGAGUCAACUCCCUCAUACACUGAUGUUGAGGAUGAAGAUAUUGAAGAAGAAUUCAAGAAAUUGGAGUUGGAAGUUGGAAGUGGAAACCUUCAAGUUCCAAUCUCCCAAACGGUUGUUGAUAGUACAUUGGGAGAAGUAGAGGCAUUAGAGUCUCCUGAAUCUUUGAGUGAUGCUUUGUCAAAUCUCAAGCUUUCAGAUAAUUCAACCAGGGAAUCAGCAAGUAAGAGUCCUAUGUUAGCAAUGAGACAGAACAAAUUAAAAAAUCUUGUGCUUGAAGCUACUUAGUCAAUUUUUCAUCUACCAGUCUUUUGCGAGGUGAUCAAUCAUGGGAUCAUUAUAUCUUUGUUAUAAUUGUGUAAUACUCCUAAGUUCCAACAUUCUUUGUGUAUCUGAAAAUGUGUAUAUACUCCAUUCUUGUUAA